UCAUUAUAACAUAACAUUAACAAUCAUCAAUUUACAUUCCUUCCAUUCUGUUAAUUUGUUCAUUUCUAAUUUUGGGGGUUCCCCCACCUUUGCCACGUGAAAGAAAAUCAUUUAUAAAUUGAAUCGAAUCGCAAUCGAUCGGUACAGUAGACAACAGUAUGAUGUCAAAGGAACAGUUACAACAGCAAUUGCGUGAAGACAUUGGAAGUGAUGAGAUUCCCAUUGUUAAAUCUAUGGAUGUUUCAGCGCUUUCCUUGCAACAACUCAAAGAAUUAAUGUUGGAACAUCAGCUAUCUCUGGAAGGCAGUCGUGCGGAAAUGGAAAAUGCCUUGAUUGCAUCAUUGGGUUGUAAGCAAGUCGAUAUAGUUGAAAUGGUUACAAUUGAUACUUUAAAUGUUGUCCAAUUGGAAGAGUUAUUGAGUGGAAUUUCUCGACCACCACCAUCUGAAGAGAAUGUUAUGGGUAAUAUCGAGGAAAAUAUUGUGGAGGAGCCUGAAAUUGAAAUUGCAGCACAAGAACCUCCGGCACUAAAUUCACGUAAAAAAACAAUAAAAGAAGCACAGCAGGAGUUGGCGCAUAAUUGCGGUUUCCAAGAUAAAAUCAUAUGGGAUCUACUAGGAUCCAAUGAUGCCAAUGUUAUGAAGGAAAAAAUAAAACAAUUAAUACCAGAUCAAGAAAAAGGACAAAAGACAAUUGAAAAUCUAAGAAAUGUUAUUUUCGAAAACGUCUGGGCUCAAAGGAAAUACACAAAUCGCUCAUCGGUUUCUUAUAUAUUUUAUGUAAUGGUAACAAAAGAUGAAGAUUUCAACACUGCUCCCGAAUCCACUGAGUUUUCAUGUCAUCCAGUAUUUCGCUGUAAAAAAUGCGAUAACAACUCCGAUAGUAGCAAAUGCUGUAUGAUUUAUGUAGACGAAACCGGUAGAGUUUAUCAGAAUUGGAAAUCUUUUGUAAAUGAAAAUGUUUUGCCGGCUGGUACAAUGAUUGCACCACGCCAUGGUAUUUAUAACUUUGAUAAAAAUAAUGAUGUUAUAUUAGACAUCUAUUGUACACCCAGUGGGACAGCAGGUGCUAAAUUUAUGAAUGCAGCACAAACUGGUUCAGCGGUAGCGGGCAUUGGGGCAGCUUGUGUGCCUUUAGCUGCUUUAGCUAUGCCCAUAGCAGCUCCUGUUGUAGCUGUAGCUGGUUUAAUUGGUUUAGGCGUUGGCGCAUUUACAUCCGUAACUUCAGCUUUACAUUUGUCUGAUCGUGCGAAGCAUGAACAGUCUAUAAGUUUAAAAGAUAGCCAAGCUAGAGGCAGUUAUCUGGGUAUGGUGGGUGGUGCGAUAGGCGUGGCUGCUGCUGGUGCCACGGCCGCUAUGACAUCAAUGGCGGCAGCUGGUAAAGCUACUGCGGGUAUAGAAGUUUUUGUUAAUGGCAUUAAUAUAACAUCAAUUGUUCUUUCCGGUAGUGGUGUUGCAAAUGGUGUUUUAGAUCUAAUAUUUAAAUAUAAUGAUGAUGAAAAAAUUUCCUCGCUAGAUGUUCUACAGUUAUCAGCAUCUUUGGUGCUAUUUACACAUUCACUCUAUAACUUUCAACUAGCUUCACAAAUCGCCAAUGAUGCUCGUGUCAAAUCUAUACAAACCUAUCGUGAAACUUUAAGUAAUCGUCAAAGAAAAAUAUUUGAUAAAAUGUCAAAAGAAACUGUACGCAUACGUGGCAAUACUCAGGGUAAAAUGGAUAUUAUACGUGGUGUUAAUGAGAUUCCCGAUCGGCAAUAUUUAAAUGAUUUAUUUAAAAUUAACAAACAAUUGAAUAAGAAAAGUAUACGACCGGCUUUUGCUGAAUCUGGCAAGGGGGUGGUUUUGAAUAAUGAAUUACCCGUCGAAACGUCUGUGCUAAGACAAAGUGUACAACAUCAAAAGGGUCCUAAUAUAUUGGAACAAGUUUCACAACCCAUACCCUCUACACACAAUUCCGAUACCUAUACAACACAAACCCCCAAAAUGGCCAGAUUAUUGUAUUCCACCGGAAAUGUUGAACAAAACAUUGACAUGAAUCAAGAUCCCUUAAAUCCCCCUAAACGCUCACAAAAUGCUAUAGCUAUUUUGCCUAAUCUUGCAGUUGGCUUACCAAAUGGUAUUGUCAUAAUGCUAGAGCUGUAUGGCAAAAUGUUUUUGGAUAACAUUGCCGAUGGUUAUAAAUUUCAAGAUGUUAUUUUAACGAUGGCCAAUCAUUUGCAAGAGAAUGUAUUGAGAUAUUUAAUGGAAUUGGCUAAAACAUUUAUAGAAAAUUUCCUAAUUGAGAUUGAAAGAGUUUUGAGUUUAUUUAUACCCACAGAAUCGGUUUUAUAUCGUAUAUUAAUACAUGUUACAAAGAAUUAUAGUGAUUUAAGCUAUGAAUACAUAUCAAAAAAAGGUCAUGAAAUUAUAAUGUCUAUUAAGAAAUUUUAUCUAUCAUUAAAUCCAAAUAAUCCCCAUGGAUUGUCAAAGAAAUGUCCAGUUUGUCAGGGUAUGUUUUAUAUAUGUCAAUUAUAAAUAUAUAUUAGAUAUACUUUUACACUAAAGAUGCCUUGGGAACCUAUAUACAUAUAUACACA